AUGUCUUCUUUUCUUGCUUCUUUCUCUUUUCUUGCCAAUGCCUUCUUUUCUUAUUUUUUCUUUUUUCUUGCUUUUUCUUCCUCACUUCUUUCUUUUCCUACUCCUUCCAAUUUUCUUGCUCUUUCUAUUCUCAUUUAUUCUUUUCUUACUCUUUCUUCUUUUUCUGUUUUCUUUCUUCUCUACCACUUUUCUCUUUCCCUGUCCUUCUCCUUUUCUUGUUUUCUUUUAUAUUCUGUUGGCUGUUUUUCUUGUUAUUUUUCUCCUCUUACUCUCGAUUCUUCUUUGUGUUUGUCUCUUUUCCCCACUCUUUUCUUUUCCUUCAUCCUCUUCUAUGCUCUAUUUUACUCCUUCCCUCUCUUCAUUCAUCUUAUACUGUUCCCCUUUCCUCCACCUUAUCUCACUCAUCGCAUUCCUUUUCCCUCUCAGUUCAACAUCCUAGCUUAUCAUGGGCUACUGAGUUCCUCUUUACCCACUAUUAAGGUUCUUUUGACUUAUUUUUUUUCUCUCUUUUUCUUUCUUUCUUUCUUUCUUUCUUUCUUUCUUUCUUUCCAUGUUAAGCGUCUCCAUCCAAAUCCUAUUUUCUGUUUUUUCUACUUUUUUGGUGCUGAGUGA